CAUUUCGAUUAUAUUCGGUAAACUUCGGUCAUAUUACAAUACGUUCAUUAGUGCGACGUUAAGCAUGAUACUACGUGAUACUUUAUGUUUCUCAUUUUUGUUUUUCUGUAAUCAUUUUUUCAACAAUUUCGUAUAAAUCAAAUGUGCGUUUAGCUUCUAACAACUAAUUCGCAAUGACGCCACCGAUGGAGAGAAUACAAAUCCUUGAAACGAUUGAAAAGGAUAUUAUUGUGUGCAUGCAAAGUGCAGGGCAAGCUUUUGUGGAACUCAGUAAAGAGAAAUGUAGCUUGAAACAAGUUGAAGCGCAAACUCAGCAAUUUCUAAAAACACUGGGACUCGUGGAAUCAAAAUUGAGCGAACAAAUUAAUUAUCUAACUCAAGUUUCUACAGGGCAACCACAUGAAGGCUCUGGAUAUGCUAGUCAAAAGGUACUUCAAAUGGCAUGGCACAGGUUAGAACACGCACGAAGCAGAGUAAACGAAUUAGAGCGUAUUAAAAAUAAACCAAGAUGAACACAUUGAA